CGCUAUCUCCCUGUCGUCGCACUACGUCUCUUCCAGCUCCCAGCCUCCUGCACUAGGCUGCUCUCCUCCUCGCAUCCCAUCACUCCCCCAUCCAUUAUCAUCAUCCCUCUCUCCUCCACGCCUUGCACGCGCAUCCCUCUCUCUGCCCAUCUUUUAACUUUCUACACACAGCACGGACCGGACCAGUGUCGCGCCUCAAACCUCGCUCAAUCACUACUCUUGACAUCCCCUCCCCCUUUCCUCCUCCCCCUUUGCACGCCUCAUCCCACUAAUUUACCCCACCCCCACCCCUAGCAUCCACUCCGAACACGCCACGUCAAACUCGCCCGUUCGGAUUUCGUACCUCUCUCUCUCCGCUCCAUUCUUUAUCUCUUCAACUCAAAACUCACUCCAUCUCCAACGCAGGCCCUAGCUCAUCUGCUGCCGACAACGCCCCAUGUCGCUUUUCGGUCAGGCAAAGCGGCACGCACCGCCAAAGCCUCGCCGCUCCCCCCUCCCAGUCUUCGCAGGUGACUCGGAAAAGUUUGGUCUCUCGUCCCCAACCACCACCGCACCAUCACUAGGCUUUGCGUCACGAUGGGUCACCUUUGUCGUCGUCCCCAUACCCGGUAGUCUGCCUUUCGGAUCGCGCGACUCGCCUGCUUUGGGCAACGGCUAUGGUCAAUCCAAGACGUUCUACAGCCAGAAUCGCGGGGGACGACACAUCCGCAUCCCGCUCCCUAUCCCUCCGCGAUUGUUUGCGCGAAUGUUGCGACUGCACCCACUCCUCCGCAUCACACUGGCCGCAAUCGCGAUCGUGGUUAUACUCAUCUUCUCCUUGGGCAUGAGGAAAAGCGGCCCGGCCGGGAGAAAGACGUGGAUUCCGCUCAAGGAUCCCAGCACUCUCGUGCUCUCUCCCCCAGAGGUCGCAAAGAUCUGGGAGUGGGAGGUGCUGAGCGGUCAUCACCCCAGCCUUGCAGAAGUCCCUGCGAGCGUCCCCAUCCAGCAGUCGCUCGUUAAUCCCAUCGUUCCCGCAUCCCUCCUGUCCGCUGCGAAACCGACGUCCAAGGCCGGAGAGUUGCAGCGCACUCCGAUCGACCACCGUCACCCACUUGUUGGCAAAGGGCCAGCACGCCGCUACAUCACCCCUUGGGACAAGCCGUUGCGGUCACCAGGCUUCCCUCCUAGGCCUGUGCCAGGCGCCGUCAUGGAUCUCGACAUCAUUGUGGACAAGUGUGAUUUUGGCACCAACAAGUAUGUCCGUGACUGCCUGGAGCUUCUCAGGAUAGGAGGCAACCUUGACAACGGCAAGCGUGUUCGACGGGGCAACUACCUCGCUCCGUUCCGUCAGAUGUACCUCGAGGAGGAGUUUACGCCGGCUGACGAGAGGCAGUGGACGCCACUGCCUCCGGCCACGGAGCCGCGCUCGCCUGGACUUUCGAGGGCCCCUCUGACGCUCUCGCCUCCCAACACUGUGACACCGGCGUUCACAUCGCUCGAGGAUCCCUGCGACCCUCUGCACCCACGCAUCUUCCACAUGUUCUGGGCAGGCGCAUUUACGGAUAAGCCAUACAUGGCCGUCAUGUCGUUCCUCUUCACCCAGAAUCUUGGCCUCGACCGCAGCCCCGAAGCCUCCACGUCAUCGACGGUGCGCAAGACGUGUCGUCCGCAGUUCUGGGUGUGGAUCAACCCUGGGCCUGCCGCUGCCGUGCCCAACCCCUCGGCCGAAAGAGAGAUGUACGAGACGCUCGCCACCAACCCCUGGUCAGCCCCAUUCCUUCACAAGCGGUUCCGCGACGUGGUCAAGUUCAAGAUGUGGAACACGACCGAUCAGCUGGACGGAAUUCCGGAGAUGAAGCCGUACUGGCGCGACAUGCCCAUCUUCAACUCUGGCGGCAACGUGUACAAGGAGGGCAAGCUCAAGCAGCCGGAACCUGAACAGGAGGCGGAAGCGGAGACCGAUGCGGAAACGAUCGACGUGGAAAGCGAGGGUGAGGUUCAAGCCCAGGCCGAGGCCGAGGCUGGGGCCAACGCCAACGCCGAGAGCGCCCCAAAGAAGAAGAAGAAGAAGGGCGGGCUGUUCGAGAAGGUUGGUUCGUCGUCGGAGAGCGACUACGACCGGCUCUCGGUUAUUCUGUCGGACAUGGCGCGCUUCGUCCUGACGUAUCGAUACGGUGGCAUCUACCUGGACGCGGACACGCUCUUCCUGCGUGACUGGGAGGAGCUGUGGAAUUACCGCGGACAGUUUGCAUACCGCUGGAGCUGGCAUCAAAAGUACAACACGGCCGUGCUCAAGUUGCACAAGGGCUCGGCACUGUGCACGUUCCUGUUCAAAACGGCAUUGGAAAACGGCCUCGACUUCCACCCGAUGACUGUGUCGCGCUACCUCAAGGACGCGGGGCUGGACAAAUUGCUAGUGCGCGUUCCGGACGCGCUCUUUGACCCCGCGUGGCUCAACAUGGAACGGUUCCAGAGGGAUCGUCCUCCAUUCCCCUACUUCCCCGAGUUCUCCGUCUUCUUCUCGAACGACGAGUUUGACACGGCGGGACCCGAGCAGCUCGGCUUUGACGGCUUCUUCCGUGGCUCGUAUUCGUACCACUUCCACAACUUCUGGUGGCUGCCGUUCGACCCGUCGCGCAACUGGCCGGAUCUCGGCGAGCGUUUCGCGAAGGGCGAGAUGGCGCUGCGCGAGGCGCAGCGGGAAGCGGCGUCGUCGUCCAAGGCCGCGGCGGUGCGCACUAUGGCGGAGGAGGAGGAGCUAGACGAGGACGAGGCUACCGGCGGCGUGACGAAGCGCGAGGACAUGGACGACAAGCUCGACCUGAGCUGGUCGACCGUGCUCAAGCGUACCUUUGAGGCGUAUGUCCGCGGCGACCGGCCCAACAUGUACGGCGAGUGGAUCAAGUGGUGAGGGGGAGGAAGCGUGCAUGUACGCAGCAUGGUGCGAUGCCCGUAGGGAAUCUGGGCAUUGGAUAGAUGCAUUGGCUUCGGAUGCGGGGUGUGGCGCUUUUGUUCCAAACUAGCCGAGCUCGCCG